AUGACGGCACAGCUGGUUAAGAGGCAAGCAGCAGGACAAGCAGAAGGAAAUGAUGAGAUUAAGGAGGAACAGGUUUUGGGUUUAAUUGUGAAGAAGGAAUAUAAUAAUGAUGCUAAAUGCAAGAAAAAGCUCGAAGAAUAUUGUGCUGAAUUGAAGAAAAUAAAUGGAAAAUUAGAGAAUGUGGAUGCUAAAGUUAAAGGACUUUUUGAAAAAGAAUCAAAAGAUCUAAAAAAGGAACUUUUAGAAGCAUUCAAAAACAUAAAAGAUGAAAAUUGUAGAAAAUAUGAGGAUAAGUGUAUAUUUUUAGAAGAAGCAGAUCCAAUUAAUCUUAAGGAGAACUGCGUUAAAUUGAUAAAUAAAUGUUCUAAAAGGAAACGUCAAGAUUUUGUAUAUGGCAUUUUCUAUAACACUUUUGUGUUCAAAAGCAGUGUGGAAGAUGUUUGCACACGUUUAGACAGAAUAUUGAAUGAGAAUGAAUUAAAGGAAAAAUGUCAAGAAUAUUUUGAAAACUGUUAUUUUUAUAAAUCAAAUUGUCGCAGUACAAAAUAUUUUGAUCCAUUGGAAAUAAAAGCAACACUAGAUAGAAUUAUACUGGAAAAAAUUUAUGAAAAAGCGGAAGUUAAAGAAAUUAUCACUGGAAAACUACAAGAAAAGAGCCUAGAAAAUACAAUAUUAUUGUGGAGUAGAGAAAAUAAUAGCAAAAAUCUACAAGAAAUAUGCAAAAAUAUCUUAAAUGAUUGUAAUUUUUUAUACAUGAAUUAUAAUUUAAAAGCAUUAUGCAAAGAAGCAAGUAAAAAUAUAGACAGCAGAUGCAAAGAAUUAGUAAAGGUAGAAACUAGAUGUACAAAUCUUAAAUUAGAACUUUACAUAAAAGGAUUCUCUACGGAAUUUGAAAAAAAUAAAGAUUCAAAAUAUUUUUCAUGGGAACAGGUACCAAAAUUACCUAGUAAGGAAGACUGUAUAAAGCUUGAGUCGGAAUGUUUCUAUUUAGAAAAUGUAUGUACUAAUAAAAUCGAUAAAGCAUGCGAAAAUCUAAGAAUAGCGUAUUAUAGAAAAGGACAAAAUCUGGCGUUUAAUAAAUUAAUUCGAAAUCAAUUUAUAAGAUUAAUGGUUAAAAAUUGUAUAAAAUUUAAGGAAGAUAAAAGAUACCUUCUAAAGUGUCUUCAACCAACUAAACUAUGUUAUGAAUUUUUAGAAGAUAUUAUUGAUCAAUCAAAGGAAUUCGAGGCACUUUUGGAUUCAAAGAAAGAAUUUCCAAAGGAGAUAUUGAAUACAAACUGUGGAUAUUUAGAAACUAGAAAAAAAUUUAAAAAAAUAUUUUUAGAAAAAAAAGAUAAUUCAUUAAAAACAAGGGAAAACUGUAUAAAAGCGGUAAAGGAAGAAUGUGAAAGAUUGUCUAGAAGGAAAAAGAAUCCAUUUGUUACUUUUUGUGCUUUACCAGAAGAAACAUGUAAUUUUAUUGUAAAAGAGGUUAUAGAUGAGUGUUAUAAUUUAGCUUAUAACAUGAACGACAGAAAUAUUAUUAAUAAAAUUGAAAAAACAAAUAAAGCAUUGACUAAAGAAAUCUGCAUGUUUUGGGAUCCAUAUUGUCAUCAAUAUAUAGAGAAUUGUCCGGAAAUAUUGAAACAAGAAAACAUUAACACUAAAAGGGCUCACUGUCUAAAACUCCAAAGAUAUUGUACUCCAUUAUGGGAAAAUUUGCGAUUGGAGGGAGAGUUAAUUCAUGAAUUGAAAAGUAGUUUAAUUAAUGAUACUAUAUGUAAAGAAACAUUAGAAAAGUAUUACACUAAAUGGAAAAGUGAAAAAAAUCAAACAUUCGAUAAUGCAAGUGAAGAUAAAAAUGGUUCAAGUGAACAUCUUAGGAGAAAUGUUUGCAAGAAGUUAAUUGAGAAAGUAAAAAGAAAAUGUUCAACCUUAAAAAAUGAACUGGAUAAAGAAAAAGAUGAAUUAAAGGAGAAGAAUGAAUACGAAAAGGUUAAAAAGGAGGCAGAAAAUUUUAUGAAAGUAACUAACUUACUGUUGUCAAAACCUAAAAAAAAUGAAAAUGGACAAAGUGCUACAUUAAGUGUACAAAAUAAUAGUGUUCUUGCACCAGUGGCACCGUCAACAGCACCGCCAACAGCAGCGGAAUCGGCUUCUUCACAAGGCGGAACGGAACACACAACGGAGCAAAGACUUAUUUUGAGAAGAUUUGUAGAUGAAGGGGUAUCAAAAACAGAAACGAACGCAUUUGAUCUAAUGACAAGAGCAUUGAAAUUGUAUUUAGGAAUGAAAGAAGAUUGUAAAACUUUGCAAGUAAACUGCGGUUUUAGAGAGAAUUGCUUGAACUUUGGGACAGUAUGUGAAGACAUAGACAAGUUGUGUAACGUAAAACCAUUAGAAGUUAUACCUCAUCAUACACUGAUAUUAACGACGAUAUCGACAACGACGAGAACAGCAACAAUGCCCAACAACAGCGACAUUGAUGAUAACGUAACAACGUCAAUAAAAGAAGCAGCAACAGAACAAUGUACAUUAAUUCGAACGAUAAAUACAUCGGUGAUAGAUACAUCGUUGCAUACGAGUACGAUGACAAGUACAUCUGCAGUCACAUCUACGGUGACAUUGACGUCGAUGCAAGAAUGCAAACCUACGAGAUGUACAACAGAUUCAAGUAGAAAAACAAAAAUGAGAGGAAAACUGAUAUCAGGUCAAGGAAUGAAGAUGAGAGUACCAAAAAUGAUAAAAAUAAUGUUAGGAGUGAUUGUUAUGAGAAUGUUGUAA